AUGUACCCCAACAACAAGAGUCCUCCCCAGAAAUGCACGUUCCACCACCUUCCUGAAAAGGCUCCAAAACCAUGCAAACAGAAAUCUACCAAAGCUUCACAAAAGAAAGCUACACAAGACAAAGCUGCACACAAGAAGAAAACAUCUACGGGGGCUGUGCAAGUCAACCAAACAUCUGCCGCAGCUUCCCAAGAUGUGCCAACACCUGGCGGGGCUGCAGAACAACAACCAUCUGCUGGGGCUGUACUAGAUGAAGAUGAAUCUGCUGAGAAUGCGCUAGAAAAUCAAUCAUCCGCCGAGGACAACAACUUGGCAUCCGACUUCAAGAAACCUCCCAAAGCUCUGAUAGACAGACGUCCCAGACCACCGACUGAGGAGCAGGAGGAAGAACCUGGCUUCCUGGAUCUGUUAUUUGGUGCAGCAAUGGAACCCAAGGACGCCAAAUUUAUACCUGAUACCCGCACUCAUGAAUGGGGUGGGCAGUCAACUCAAGAUAACAUACCUGACCAACUUGGCCCGAAUUGGCAAUCUGCGGGCGAUGCAAGAGAGCAAUAG